GGUUGUGCGGCUCUGUUGGGCCAGACUCUAUGCAGGGAUCUUCUGCCUUAUCUGCAUCCAGGGAUCGAGAAUGGAGGGCUUUGAUGGAGGUAGCAACAAAUAAUGAUGGGGACAGGACUCUCAGCAUCUGUGAAGUUUGUCACCAUGCCACAAGCAACCUCCGUCAACACAUGCGAGUUGCCCACCCUGGUUGUGCCCGGCCCUGGAUGGCUGGCGUUUGCGGUACGCUUAUUGGUGGGACGUACAUCUUAUGCGAGGUGUGUCAGGAGCAGCAUGCAGGGGGCAGCAGUAGCAUUGGGGGUUCUGGGGGCUCAGGCGAGGGGCAAGAUCGGCUGCGGGACUUGACUACAGUCCUAGCCCCUGACUUGGCUCCAGCUCCUCUUGCCACCAUGGAAGAUGACGGUCUGAGCAUGAAUGAGAUUGACCUGAAGAUGACCAAUUACAGUGUGAUAGCUUCGCGUCUCGGGCUCACAGACAGAAGGCCCAUACCGGACCCCAUGCCUUUCCCUCGCCCGGACCCCCUUGGGUCGACCACGCUUGUCUCAAACAUUGGCGAAUCCUCUGAAGCCACGAACACUUCCGGAGCUCGACCGCGUGAUAGCAACAUAACUGCUGUACCUGAUCGAAGCCUGGGAGAACAGGCUGCUGCUCUCACCUCCCCGAUUGCAAGAAUCUCCGCUCUCCGGCGCACCACACACGCCCUCAGGGUCACCAUAGCUCGUGCCGUUGUGAUGCGAGCUCUGUCUCUCCUUGCCCUGAGUGGAGGGUCUUGUGAUCUGUGGGCUGGGCUGAAUGCCCUGGGGCUCUGCGAUGUUCGCCUCCUUGUCCGAUUGAUGUGGCUGGUUGCUCAAGGACGUGUACCACUUGAUGGCUCUGCCCGGACGACUGGUGCAGUGCUACAGCCAACAGACAUCACCACAAGCCUCGCACACUUGAGUGAUGCUAUUGGUGCUCUUGCCCAGAACGACACAGAUGCAGCCAAACUGCUUCUACAUUUGUGUACACAGCACUUGAUGGUAGCAGCCAUGGGCAUGUCCAGUGGAGACAUUGUUGGAGGAUCAGGAGAAGAAGAUGUCGAUGUGACGCUUUGUGAGGAAAGGCGAGGCUGCCAGAAUGCCUCCGCCAUGCACCAGACGAGCUUUCCCGUGACGCAGGCUCUCGUAUCCCUCUUGGCUGCCAAUUCCUCCCUUAUCCAUUUGGCAGGGAAAGGAGAAGCUGUAACAUCUCCAGUGACAGCCAGUGGGGGACAGGGAGACCCUGGAAUUCAACUCGCUAAUGCCCUUGCCGCUUGCAUCCUGUCCACGCGCCUUCCACAUUCACACCGUCAAUGGGCUGCAACUCAGCUGGUUGAAUGCAUUGGAGGUCGUGCACAGUUGGCUGAGCACUGUAGUGAUUUUCCGGGGCCUAACAUCAGUAGUGCAGCUGACUUCACAGGAGCUCUGCCACGUGUGCCAACUUCUUACCUAGAAGGGCAUACUGCAUGUGCUUCGAGGGCCCUCUGGAUGCCAGGAAAGAACUUGCUUGUUACCAGUGGACACGAUGGCUCAGUAAGAACUUGGAAGGUGAGUCAGCGUUCUCAUGCCUGCCAAGAACACACAUUAGUGUUCCAACAGGAUGAGAAUGACAGCAACUAUUCAGUCAACCCUCCUGCCAUAGAACAUGUGGUGGCAUUACCAACUGGACGGCACAUCGCUGCAUCUUCUGAGAAUGUUCUCAAUAUAUGGCCAUUGAACAGUAGCACUGUGGCAGCAUGGACAAGUAGCAGCAUCAUAACAGCACUUGAGGCUCCUCUGCAUGGUGUGUGUGACCUCAUGAUCACUGGGCAUCAUGAUGGCUCUGUUACACUAGCUGCCUUUACAGCAAGUGGCAUUAUUCCAAAUCCUAUUAGGCAUGCUGGAAGGCAGGAUGGUAAGGAAGAUUACCUUAUUUGUUACAUAAUCAGAAAGUUUACUCAGCUUUUUCCCCUUUUUGGGAAAGGGGACCAGUUCGUGCUAGAAGGAGUAGCAACUGUUGCUUGCUAG